AUGGUAAACUGUAUAAUGGCUGAAGCUACAGAUAUAUCGAAAACUGUGGAAUGGAUGUGGCAAUUGAAACCAAAUUCAUCGUCAACAGAUGAACCAACAACAUGGAACCAUUAUUCAGAUGUCGAGAAUCUAAUUAUCGAAGAGGCAUUUUCCAAUAAGCAACAACGAGCUAUCUUAGAUAGCUGCUUUAUCGAUUUUGAUAACGAAAUUCAAGUAUCCAAUAGUGACAAUCAAGAUCAAAGACCUGUGAAACGAGUAGUGGGCAACAGAAAAGAUAAACACGUGAGAGAAGCACGAUUUAUGGAUCUUCCAGUUCCUUCGACUGGUUUCUUUGGCGGCCAAUAUGGAUUCGUCUCACCUUUUAUUAUUGAAGUGAGAAAAGAUUUGGAUCUAGAGGAUUAUCAACUUCCUUCGAGAAAACCACAAACAAUACCUAUGUUAGUCGAAAAAGCGGCCCAUGGCAUCAUUGCAGAAGGUGAACGUAUCGGUAAACAAAGAGAAGCUGAAAAACUGGUUAAUUUACUUUCCGAGAAGAAGAACAGUGGACGUGUAGAAGUUUGGAAGCGUUGUGCAUAUCUUUACUCAUUGGAAAGUUUUCUCUAUAAGACUUUGAAUGCGGCUAUGCGAUUGGUGGGAAGCCAAGAAGAUGAAGAAAUCUGGAGAAGCAAAAUUCCAACACUAGGUCCGUUUUCUUUAUUAUUGUGGGAUGAUCCGUGCAAUAAAAGGAUGAAAGCGAACAUUGAAUUGUAUCGAGGAGCUAAUCUAGAAAGUGAACAGAUCGAGAUAUAUAAAGGAAUGGCUGCACGCAAUGAUAAAUAUGGUUCAUUUCAAGGAUUUUCAUCUUGCACUCGAAAUCGAGCAAAAGCAGAAGCAUUUGGAAAUACAUUGUUUAUCAUACAAGUGAAGUACGCUUUUAUCGCUGAUUUGAGCGAUUUAUCUGAGUAUCCUGAAGAAGAAGAAGAACUUAUUAUGCCAGGCGUUUGUUUUCGUGUCGUACGUGUUGACUUUGAUUACAAGAAGAAUCAACAUUUGAUUUAUGUGGAACUCCAACAGAGUUGGUCGAUCAAAGAUAAGAAGCAUUUAGAAACUAAACUGGCUCUUGAAGCAAGCUCUGGUGAAUUUUGUGGUAUGUUUAAUGAUAUUCAUCGUCCUAUUUAUCGUCUUCUUGCUGACGAUGAUCAGCGUCAAGCUCAUCUUGAUUUUGAUGAUUUUGCAUACGAUGAUUAUGAUGCUGGUCUUCAUCUGAAACUUGAUGAUCGCGAUUAUGAUCGCUAUGGUAAACAUCUUUCUCAACAAUAG